UGAGAAGGAGCAAUACCAGCGUUACGGCAAAUGAUGAUAAAAAAAUGAUAACAUUUUCUGAGCUAUUGCUUAUGUGGUGAAAUGCAUAAAUUCUUUAUUAGAGUUAUACGCGUGCGUGAUCUGCGCCCAUAAAUGUUUCCACCGGCUCAAAUGGAUAAGCGAACUGUUUCCAACUUUUGACACGUGACUAAUCAACUAAUCAAAUAAUUAUGUGCCAUUGGAUGAUAUUAUUAUUAGGGUUUACAACACUUUGCUAGACUACUAUAAACAUCCCAGUAAAGAUCCAUUCCAUUUGCGUGGGGAUACUAUUGAUGGAAGCAUCAUGUUGAAAGCUUUCCUCUACGCCGUGUGCAUAGUUUCUGCCGGUAGUUUAAAGGUGGUUUUUGAAAACUUUGUACAACUUUCCGGUUUCGACAUACUACUAGCGGAUUUACGCGUACGAAAAUUCAACCGCACCAUGACGGUACUGAACGGGUCGUUUAUCGUACUUAAUCCGCUGAAUAACUCUCUUGAGCUCACGCUAGAUUUAUUUCACAGUCGGCUCGGAAACCAGCAGUUCAAUCACUAUCCAAUGAAACUACCUGCAUGUGGUUGUUGUGAUUUUUUCGACAACUUACAAAUGAACUACGAGAGGCAGGUGUCUGUGAUUGAAAAUUUACCGGAAAUAGGAGAAUGUCCGUUUUCUCCACGCCACGUCAACCUGAUCGAUUUCGCAUUUCCACAGGAAGUGGUGUCAACGGUAAUGCCCAGGGGUCUUUGGAAAGCAUUGGUAACGGCAAAGCUUGAUGGAAAGGAGAUAGUGACUUACUAUUUUCUUGUCAAAGGAUAUGAUGAUUUUUAGAUGUAUAAAAAAUUUAGUUAUGUUUUGACCGGGGUUAUUAGUGAGGAGGUUAUUACUGGUGAAGAAACAUUUAAACAAAAUAUAAAAAUAAAUUUACUUUGCUUUCAAUUCGUAUUGUAAAUAGUGCAACGCGUUUACAUUUAGGAUUUUAUUUCUUUGCAGUAAAGAUAAA